GCAAGACACAGAUGAAGGUUUCAGUAACGCAGGCACUGACAGAGCCCAUGGCUAACCACGCAGACUUGCAUCUCCGCCAUGGUGCUGACCUUUGCACUUUGCCUGGGCCUUGUAGCGACCGUCUACUAUGUGCUGAAUCCCAUGGAAGGCGCGGAAGGCGGUGACGGGACUGCGGAAGCCAGGGCAGACUAUGACACCAAUCCUACUGUGGGCGACCUCUGGAUUGUAGCCGUCACGACCGAUGAUGAAAGGCUGCGAGGAAGGUCUGUCACAGAGGACGACGACGACUUUCCGGAGCCAGACAGUUCCCUGAAUUCCUCCAAAGGCUCCGGUGCGAAGCCAACGGGCGACUACCGACCGGGGCGCGUUCUUGGUGCUCUUCAAACAGCACCAUCUGCAGAAGUUCAGCUGUCGACGGACGCCGUCUCCUCGUCGAAGAAGGAACUGCUGUUAUGCACGGUGACCGGGAAUGUCGAGGUUGCCAUAGUGAAUUAUCCGGAUGGAUUGUGCGACUUCCUCUUCUACACCCACGUCGCCUAUAAUGGCCGCAAAUUCAGCUUCACUCCCACGGAGUACGGAAAGUGCUACCCUCUUUUUACGGCCAAGGCUGUUGGAGCAAAGAAGACGUCCUACGGAGUCUCCUUCCACGUUGACUAUGCGGAGAAACUAGAGAGUGCUCUAAAGACAGUGUACGGCAACAAUGCCUUCUCUCGCCUCUUCAACGGCAACGUGCAACACCACGGUAUCCUCAACGUUAUCGGAGACACGGCCAGGAUUCUUGGGCACAUGGCCCGCAUGCGGACUCUGUUACCGCUGCUGAAAAAAAUGGAGAGAAAUUACGCCAUGUCUCGUCCGGGUUUGAAGAGCAGCCUCGCCGUUGCGGUGGAGAUGACCAAACAGGCUCAGCUUAGAAACCUUCCCGGUCUCCUUGAAGAGAUUGCACGCAUGGGCGUUGAUAUCCUGGUGGCACGAACGCACAUCUCGUUCUGGGACAUCGACAAGCACGAGGCCAUGGCAGGAGGCACGAUGUGGAAGAAUCCCAGACUAAUAGACAAACCUUCGUUGUCCUCAACUCUGGAACAACUCCAGAGUCUGCUUUCCAUUCCCAAGACCCUGAUGCUCUCUAUGACCUGCGGGGUGUCUUCCUUCACGUUGUCUUCAGCGGUCGAACAGAACGACACCGGCAGCAACGUGAUUGAGCAAAAACCCGUCGGCUUCACUGUGGAGAAUUACAACCAAGUGUGUGGACGGACACGCACGAUCCAAUAUCCAGAGAUCUUCGCCGUGAGUCAAGGGCGAGACGUCAGACACGUCUACAUCUACGACACACCGGAAUCCAUGAGCAUGAAGGCGAAUCUCACUUCUGGCAACUUAAUCGAGCGCGGUCUUGCCCCCGAUUUGGGCUGGGCUGUUUUUGACCUGCAAUUUGACGACUGCGGGAACGACAGACGAUUCGAGCGACUCUGGCGUCUACGACACUCGAUGAGUCGAAGAGGUUGCCCCGGCAGCACAUGUCACGGACACCGUGAUUCUUUGAAUGUCACGACGGUCACGUGGAACGUAUUAAUCAAUUAACCGUUCCCCCAAUUUAGCCACAAGGAUGAUUCGUAUUGACCACUGUUAGGAGACGCAUCAAGUUUAUUAAUAAAGAAAUGUACGUGU